UAUUAAUAUUAUUUAUAGUAACAUCAGCACUGAACCAAUUCGGUACUCAGUUUUGAAAAAAAUUAUUUUUCAUUUUUUCGUGUAACACGAGCAGUCUCACACCAAAUCAUCAUGUUUGGAUAUACGUGCUAUCCUGCUGGCUGUAUUGGCAUCUGCGGUGGUGCUGCACCAAGUGGCUUCUAUGAUCCCAGCUUUUGUUCAUUCCAAGGACCAUUCAAUAGCUGUAGCGGUCCAAGUGGUCCUGGCUUCUGGCACGGACGUUGUUUAUGAAGCACAAACUGAGAACUGACAUUCUAGUUCGGAUGAGGCGGCGAUGGGACCUCGGUUGCAGAAGAAUUCUAGGAAAAAUAGCUUACAGCUUUCAUGAUGUAGCUCUCAAAAUUAUGUCCAUUGAAAACUGCGUUCAAUAAAAUUGUAACAGCAAAUUAAAUAUACAAAAGUCCUAAAA